CGUGAAUUUUAAGUUAGAUUCGAAAGGGCCAACUUUAUAAGCUCUCUCUCUCUAGAAAUCAGACUCAUCAGGGUAGCGAGGAGUUUCUGGAAUGCAAACGAGUCGGUUACUCUCUCACUCGCCGAGCUUCGGCAGCUCCUCCGCCGGCGUCGACCUCGCUGCCAUUGCUGUCCGAGUCGUGGAGGAGUUCAGGGGUCAUGAGCUGCAAUCCGACUCCCACGCUGACGAAUUCGAGUUCGCUUUCGCCUGCGACCACCGCCAUUCCGAUCCCAUCGCCACAGCCGACGAGAUCUUCUGCAACGGUCAGAUUCGUCCGUCGAAUCCUUACGCUCUGCUCACAUGCUCCGCCGUAGGAGCCGGUUCUCCGACUGACGCUAAGGCGGAGGAUGGAUCGAGUCCGCCGAUUACUCUCCGGCGCCGCCGGCCGCCUCUGAGGAAGCUGAUGAGCGAGGAGCGAGACUCGGCGCCAACGGCGACGUGUUCGCCGAAGUCAUCGGAGGCCGACGAGGAUCUCAUCGGCGUUUCGCCGGACACCUACUGCGUGUGGACCCCGAAAUAUCCGACCGGCGACGAGCGCCUCCACGAACAGUCGUCUUCGCCGUCGCAGGGCGAAAUCAAGAGCAGCAACGGAGGAAUUUCGAAGCGAUGGAAGCUUCGGAGCCUGUUGUACGCGAGAAGCACGAGCGACGGGAAGGAGAAGUUCGUGAUCAUGACUCCGGUGAAGAAGACAGAGAGAUCUAACGCCGGAGAGGAAAAACCGUCGCCGCUAGACGGGAAAUGCGACGGAGAAAACAGCUACUGCGAGAGAUCGGAGGAGCCAAAACGACGAGCAUACGUGCCGUAUAGGAAGGACAUGGUUGGUAUUCUAAGAAAUGCGUAUGGGUAAAUUCGACAUUUACGUCCUUUCGAAGGACGCGGACUCGGUGGGGUUCCGUCUCUUCCUUUUUCCUUGCUUUUUUUUUUGUUGUUGUCACCUUUUACUUUUUCGUUCGGUCUUCUCUUUCUCUCUCUUUCCGUGAAAAAUCUCGAGUAUUGGGUGAGAUCGUCAAAUAUUGAAGUCGUUUAGGUAAUUACCAAUAAUACUAAUGAUGAUGAUGAUGAUGAUGAUGA